CUUACCGCUGGGGUGGAGGGAAGGAUAGAGAGAGGGUGAGGGUGGUCUUGGACGGACGGACGGAGUGAGUGAUUGAUUGACUGACAGGCAGGUCGCCUGGAGCGCGGAGAGUGUUGUCUGACUUGGUUCCCACAGACAGAGCAAGCGGUGCGACUGAGGGAGACAUGGGUGACCCAGCUGGCUGAACCCACCAACAAAACUUAAAGAUGAUUGCCUUUAUCUCUUGCCUAUGCCAUGGAAUCGUUUUGGCCUCCAUUCUUAUGAUUCCAGCUGGAGCAGGAAUUUUUGGAGGGACUGAUGUUCUGUAUGGAAGAAUUGGAACAGAUAUUACGUUGAUAUGCAAGGCUGCUAAUAACAGGAUUAUUCAAUGGAAGGUUAAUGGGACCUUUGUGACCUUCAGUAAUAAUUUGAAAGAACCAAAUGGAAGUCUUGUUUUAUCGAUGGCAGACUUGUCAAUGGAAGGAAAUUACAGUUGCCAUGAUGAGACUGCAAGAUUGUUGUACUUGACCCAACUCAAACUUGGAUAUCCUCCAAGUAAGCCAUUGGUGCACUGCAUGGCUUCAAAUUUUUAUAGAAUUUCUUGCAUGUGGGAGAAUAGUCAAGAGGGGUCCUUUCCUGUCUGUUACAUUGCGACUUAUAGAACGCCAAGCAGCAACAUUUUUAACUGUCCUACAGAUUCUCUUAGCAAUAUUUGCCAAAUAGACAAUCCUCAAAUGUUUUCGUCCUUGCCAUAUGUUAUAAAUAUAACUGCAGUCAACCCUAUUGGCCACAGGACGACAUUGUUGGAUAUUAUGCUAUUUGAUAUUGUUCAGCCGGAUCCACCUGUAAAUGUAACAGCUGAACCUGUUUUUGGAUCUCCUCGAAGAAUCAGAGUGCAGUGGGAUUAUCCACCAUCAUGGGGAUCACAAUUCAAAUUAAAAUUUGUUUUGGAAUACAAACUCCAGAAAUAUAACUUCUGGUCAAGGUUGGAUACUAAAAUGACAACAGAAAUCAUUACUGAUGCCAUUGCUGCUCAAUUGUAUGCGAUUCGUGUCAAAACAAAAGAUUUUUUUGACAAUGGUAAAUGGAGCAAUUGGAGUUCGGAAGUAUUUGUCACUCCAUGGAGUGAAACCACUACAGAAAGUAUCCAAUCUACUGUCACCACACAAAUGAUGGACUUUGUACAAACUCACAGUCAAUCAACAACACCUACCCACUCUCCAAAUGUAAUCCCUUCAAGUUCUGAUGUACUUGAUAGAAAUAUUGUCAUACUGAUCUCAAUCGCCACUUCAAUUGGCAUCUGCAUCGCAGCCACUACAUUUGUGUUAUGGAUUAGAAGUCGACGACAAGAGUCAGAUAAGAAUGACAUUCUGACCAAGAAGGCACUGACCCUUUGAUAAUGUG